GCGUCAUUAGAUUUAAUUACGGACAACUUCGUUUUAAUGAGUAACGAAUGAUGUUAUGAUGUUUAGAGUAAAUGUGAACUGGAAAACAUAUCAAAGUGUUUUUGUAAUUCAUCUGUGCUGAUGUAGUUGAAGAACGAUUAUCUAUAGUUUUAUGCGUAUUUUUGCCACAAUCGUACAGGACUCAUUGUUGAAAGUAUUUUGUUAGAUACUUAGCUCCUGUUUUGAAGAUCAAUUUUUCACUUCCUGUGCUUUAACGCUUGUAUUGUACUUCGUUGCUAAUUAAACUCCUGUUUCGUCUAUUCAGUUGAUUGGACACAUUGAUUCAUGAAAUAUGUCUGUGUCAUUUUGCGAGGCCUUGAUCAGUUUUUGUGAAGUCAAUUCCCAAACAACUAUAAAAGACAUCCACAUUCGUUGCAAAAAACUUUCCGCUUUAACUAAAAGCGACCACGGGGAAGAACAAAAGAAACAAGAACAUUUAAGCAAUAAAUAUGAUUGGUGCAAAUCAGCCAAACUUAUUGUGGAAAGGUGUUGGCAUCAAUUGAAUAGUAAUGGACGAAUUGGAGUGAUAAGGAACAAUCAGAACGCGCAUAGAACGGAUAUUGAGGUUGCCAUCUUAGACUUUGUACUAUGUCUGGCCGGUUGCUAUACUAAUUCAGAAGAGGGGUGUAUGAAAAAAUGUAUUGCAAGUGGUCUGAUGUACACAAUUAUAAAAUACAUAUAUUGUCUGGUGAAAGACAUUAAAGAACCGGAAGAUAAUCAGUCAACACAAUGGUUGCUUCGCGAUGGAGUUAUGACUAUUGUUUACAACUGUUCCAGAACACCAUAUAAUAGAGAUUGGUAUCGAGAUCCAUCUUCCCUUGAGGGGAUAUCUUCCAGUGAUUUACGUUCCAGAUAUAUUUCCAAAGAUAACAAGAUACUUGAAGAUCAUCAGGACAGAGAGAUAACUUCUGUCCAAUCAAUGGUCUCUAACAUCCAAGAAAUAUCGCAUGCUAUUACAUCAAAGUGGAAGUAUAUGAUGGCGGCCACAUAUAUUGCUCCCGUAUAUCAUCUUUCUGCUGUGUUGACUUUGGCCCAUUUAUAUUGUGAAGCGGACAAGACAAAUGUAUCUCUAGUAGAAGAAGAAAUAGUAUCACGCUUGAUGGAAUACACAAUCGAAAGUUUGCAUUCCAAAAACUUUGAAUGUGAAAGUUUUUCUUUGGAAGAAAUGUUAAAUGGAUUGCAAAGGAUGGUUGUAAAUACGGAGAAUCAGCAAAAAAUUGUAGACGCUGGCGUUCUUGACGUUGUUCUGAAAGUACUACAGCAUGACCAUAUCCCAAUAGCUGCACUAAAUGAAGCAUUGAAAGUUGUGUGGCAACUAUCUUUUAGUUACUGUGAGAAAAUUAAAGAGAAUACUACGCUAUGUCAGCUUAUAUAUAAGUUAAAGGACAACGAACAUGGCGAUGUAUCCUCCAACGCGUCAGGAAUCGAAUGGGAGCUAAACAAGAACCAAAUCGAUCACGAUGACACCGAACACAGUGCAAAGCACAUCAUGAUCAGCUAUAGUUGGAAGCAAAAGAGUGUCGUUAAAGAUAUUGUUGUAAAGUUGAAAGAGUAUGGAUUUAAACUUUGGUUUGAUGAAAGUGACAUGACAGAUGAACUUUGUAUUGCUAUGGCACACGCUAUACAGAAUGCGGAAGUGUUUUUGCUGUUUGCAUCACGAACUUAUCAAGAAAGCGCUAAUUGCAAAUCAGAAGCAACAUACGCUCGUGAAAGGAAUGUCAAAAUAAUUCCAAUCAUUCUUGAAGAAGACUGGAAACCUGACAAUUGGUUGGGAUUUAUCAUGAGUGAUAAAUAUUAUAUCAAGAUUCCUCGGAACAAUCCGAGUAUGCUUCUCAAUACGUUUGAUGAAUUGAGGAAAAAGCUAGAGUCUCACAUAACAAAGCCCGAUAGCAAACAUACAGUUAAUCAAGUGGAUGAACAUCGACGUAUGUAUCCAACAGAGAAUGAAUCUGGAAUAGUUAAAGAGAUCAAAAUGCUUUCUCCAGAAGAUUGGGACCAAAGUAGAACAUUGCAGUGGAUGGAUGAAAAUGAUAUUAUCAUUUUGGCACGAAAGCAUAAUCUAAACGGUGAAAAGUUAAAAUUCUUGUAUGAGCUAAUGAGUCAGCAUCCCGUGUUAUUUUACAAGUUCUUGAUGGAAGAUUUCAGUUUGGGAAAUUUUGAUGAAGUAUCCAAUUUUGUGAUUGCGCUGCAGAAAUUAUUUAAAAAUCACUUGCAAAAUUAGUAUUAUCCUCGCGUAAUUGAAUGUAAUUUUCGAAAUAUGUUUACCAAAAUAAUCUGUCAUCAGUUUAUUUUGUUCCUUUUGCCACGGACUUUUGGACGUUGGGUUAGAAAAUGAUGUUGCAGAAACACGAAUAUCAAAUGCGAUAUAUUUUUAUCCACCUUGUUGCCGCGGGUAAAUAUAAACGACGGGCGAACUCGUGGAUUUUUUUCACGGGCUAAUAAUCUCUUUAAUAAUAACCGUCGUCUGUCUAUCUGUGUGUCUGCGAAAGCCGCGUCCGGUAACGGAAUCACGAAAUUUUUAUAAUGCGCACCAAUACCAAGUGCGAUAAAUUUUGUCCACUUUGUUGUGACAGGUGAAUUUAAAGGACGGGCGAACCCGUGGAUUUUUCCACGGGCUAACGACUAGUUAUGUAUAAUACCCAACACAAAGCACUAACCAGCUAAGAUAUUUCCUCGUUUACGCAACCAGGAUUUUGUGUCGACUUUCAUACAGCACUGUCUGGGCACGAGUAAAGCGAUUGUAGGGACAAACUUUUAGCCUGUUUUUGUUUGUCUGGAUAACCCAGUCAAGUUUCUUGGUAACUUUCUCACUAAGAAUUAUUUGUGUCAUACAGAAAAAGACAGAAAUGUGUAACCUUUUGUUGUUUCUUUCCUGAUUUUUUGCUUCUUAUACUAACGUUUAACUUUUAAAUAACGUAUUGAAAUGGUGCUGCUAGUCCUCUCUGUGGUAUAGUAACUUUAUGAAAACAGGAACAACUUACAGUUAUUAACUUUUACAAAGUGCACAGUUGGAUGAUGGUAAAAGGGUAUUUUUAGCUCUGUAGCUGCAGAGGCAAUAAGUUUGGACUGAAGUACUUGUUAGAAAAUACAUGACACACUGCUAGAUGUUCACAUGUUUUCCUUAUAAUCAACCUUCAUGCAGGGGCAGAUUUAGCUAUGGUGUACUGCUGUAAAUACACCAACAAAAAUUCAGCUCAAAAAUUUAGGUGUAUCUCUGUGAGCCUUUUGCUCUUUGAUUUUUACGCCCAUUAUUAAAAUGAACUAGAAUAACGGCCACCCAACUUCCAUCGCCGCGUAUAGAACUGAUUUUGGGGGGGUCGACCACCCCCCGCCGUUUGGGUUUUGUGGUCCUGUUUUUGUGUCAAUUUAGCUGCAUGCAGCUGUUUCAUCCUGCGAAUUUUUGAUAUCCUGAUCGGCACCGGCUUUACUAUUUACACCAGUUCAAUUGGUGUAAGCUUCGCAUUCUUCUGGGCAAUAAAUAUCCUUGUGUAUUUCUCUGGUGUAGCCAACUGGUGUAAAAUGAAAAUUAUAAGGCAUGACGAUCCAGGACACAUAUUCAGGUGAGUGAUCUGCGAACUUUCUCUUUUACGACCGCUGUGAAACAGGUCAGUGUUUUUUUACUUGAUUUAUGUCUUGAAGAGUGUUUAAGUGGCGGAUUCGAUAUCAGAUAAACAACUGAAGUUAAUCGAAGAUUUGGGGCUAGAUGUAAAGCACCAUAUUUUGACAUGUAUUGGGGAAGUAUCAGAUUUGGAUACAAGGGUUGCGAAGAAAGUUGGACGGAAUCUCAAAGACACUAGCUACUGAAUGCUCACUUGGCAAAAUUUCCUACAGAGUCUAUUUGUUGAUGUUUAAGCAGAUCUACAGGAAACGGCAAUUGUUUAUACAAUUCUGUUUCCAUAUUAAUUGUUGGAAAUUAGAGCCUUUGCUAUCUACUUCAAGCUGCUGUUCUGAUUGAGCUGCCUUAACAUUUAAACUUCUAUGCUUCACAAAAUGUUAACAAAAAGAUUGUGGAGAACUCUCCUCGUAAUGAAAGAGAAUUUUUUUUGUUAAUAUUUCCUCAUGACGUUGGUGAUGAAUUUACAGGAAAUAAAAACGUAGAAACAGUAAAACAUUCAUAAAAGUAAACAUUCAGCUUUAUUUCUUGGAAAUAAUUAAUAAUGGAUUAGCUGCACAUAUUUUUAUGUUGUACCCAAAUAUCUUCAAGAUUUUACAUAUUCUUGCCUUGCCGUAGUGCCAGUAACGACCAGUUUCCUGUGAGAGAUCUUUAUCAAAGCUACGACGAGUAAAGACAUUUUCAAGAAAUUUGAUGACCCAGUGAAAGUAGAAGAAAUGGAUAAUCGAAUAUCAAGCUGAAAGAUUUAAGAUAUGGAUAAUCAUCAAAGAAUAUUUUCAAAUUUGGACGAAAGGUUAUUAAAAAUGCCACAACUGCAUAUGUAGCUUAUAAUGUCCUAAUUAUGUGAUUAUCUAAAAGCGAAUAUAUAACUCCACCGACUACAUAACUUUAUGAUUUAGAAUCUCUAAAAAUAACUUUAAAAAAAUGUGAUUCAAUGGGCAGUCAUUUGAUGAAACGCGAAUUAGUAAAAACAUUCAAACAUCCAUAUAGCUACUAUAAUUUUGUUGUUCUGAUGCAGCCAAAGACGUGAAAUGAAAGACAUAUUUUCAGAUCAUGUAUAGCUGAUCUACAUAUUGGAAUAUAGAUAUAUUGAUAAAUGCUAAUGCUAAAUUCGUCUAACAGAUUCAUCGUCAAUCCCGUUGGGUUAAAAAUUUGAAUUUUAAAAAGUUUUUUAAAUUUUUAAUUCAACUUUUUCUGGCUAACUGUCUUCUUUUUUAUGAGGAAAAUUUUUUGAGGAUGAAGGUAACCUUUAAGAGAAGUCAUUUUCACAGAAAGAAGUUCUCAACAUUAUUUUUAGAUUUUUUUCUUUCAUUCACAAAUUCACAACAAAUUUUAAGAGUUAGUCAUGUGUUUACAAAUUAUUCGCUGGAAUAAAUUCUUGUGCAUAAGUAUAAGGAGAACAUUUUCUUAUACUCAUGUAAUUUUGCUAUGAUUUCUUUCCAACCGUAUCCCAUCUCUGUCAGAAAAUUUGACCUACCAUCCCCCUUUUAAUGCUAGAUUCCUAACCAAUUUAAAUAGACAAUAUUAAACUUCGGCUAAUCUGGCGAUUUUUUUUUUUUUUUUGCAAGAAUGUUUUUAUAUCGGGUAUUUAUACAUUGUUAUCUAAAAGAUUACGUAUGUCAAAUAUUAUGAUGAUUUUUGCAUAAAAUAUUUUUUGCUGAUGCUAAAGAUUUAGUGAAAGAAAAAUCAGUAUUGUGAAAUAACGAAAACUUUAUUUGUGGUAGAAAUUUGUGGACAAUGGAUUUAAAUUUUUUUGUAAAUUUAGGGUUACGGCAGAUGUAACUACCAGCUAACAUAAUAAUAAUAUAAUAAAAGUAUUUACCGUUAUGUUUUCCUUGACCCUGCGAACUGGCCAGGCUAACUAAAGCUAACUGGCUUAAACUACACCUACCUUUCGUCAGCUAUUUAGCUAGCUAGUUAAUUGUUUUGAAAUAUAGUGGUAGUAAC